AUGACAGUCGAUUUGCAAACCCCAUCAGAGUCGCAGUCUCAUGAUAUCAGUACGCCCCAUCUCGAGUUCGACAAGCUGGAGGCGGGAUCGCACUCGCCUGAAGUUACGCAUCGGACGCAUCCCCGCAUGCUCCGCAACCUGCAAGGGGAACGAGUGUACGUCGGGAAAGCCGCCUCUCUGUCAUUUCUACAAUUGCUUCGGGAUACAGUGACCCAACAUAUCGGGCCCUCCCAGUUCUCUCAUAAUGGGGAAAGUGAAGAUAUGCUAGAGGCAGAAGCCCAUCAUGAUUUGUUGAAUUUCUCCGAGGAAUGUUGCACAGUUGAUGAGAAGAAUCAAUUUAUCCAGAAUUAUCACGCAGCGACAAGCGGCUUUUUCAAUCUAAGCUUUAGUGACGAUAUUUCAUCUGCAUUUACUGGUCCAGCAGAGCCCAAAACCGACCGGGAAAAGACUAGGGCGGCCAUCAUUGACCUUAUGGUUGCUAUCGGAGCACAAUCCUGCCCGAACGACCGGAGAACCCUUCAGGUGGAGCGGUUCUACUUUUCUCGCGGUCAACGUAGGACGUUUGCCAACAUGCUGGAAGACCCUAGCGUGGAUUUAGUCCGAGUGUUUCUACUCAUGUCCUUCUAUAUGCUGGGCGCAUGCCGCCGAAACACGGCAUUCAUGUACCUGGGAGUAGCAUCACGAGCAGCCGUAGCGCUUGGGUUCCAUGCAGACUUCCCAGGGUCAAUAACUCCCGACGAGAGUGAUAAGAUCAAUGAACGUGAAAAGGCCGCAUCCGCACAGCAGGCAGAUGUCCUAUUAUGCAAGUUAAAUAGCUGGUGUGAAUAUCUGCCGCGAUCAUUAAGGACGUCGUCCUCAGGACACAAAGAUGAGAGCACUUUCCGAAAGCAUACAAUUGGAAACAUGCAUGUUGCAUGUUCGUAUCACUUUGCAGUAAUCCUAGUCACCCGACCUUUCCUCGUCUCGGCCUUGAGUGUCCGGCUGGCCCGGUUACACCAGAGCCUCUCAACAGGUGAUCCCAGUGAGGUGCCCGAGGAGGACCCAGCCCACUCCCGGCUCUCAGCGUCCGACCUUCUUCUUCGGAAUAUGUGUAUUCUCAAAGCGUUUAUCUUCGCCGCAGCCCUUGUGCUUGGCUUCUCUAUGUUCUCUCAACAUGAUGUGGAUUCUGAAAUUGAUGGUGUAUUCCGCGGUGCCCUGACCAUCUUGCGCAUGCUGGCGUCGCAGUCUGCUCAGGCAGCUCAUUAUCUGGAGAUAAUCACGAAGCUAGAGGCCGCCAUAAGCAAACAACGCCAGCAACUCGCUCUCCAAGCCCGACAGCGACGGAGUCAAUACGUCAGUCGGAUCUUUAGCCUGAACGACAGUCCGGCAACACCGCGGACACAAAGUGAGAGGGGCGAAGAAGAAGAAGCGAGAAGUGCGACCCCACUUCUAUCGCAGAGUGUCACAUCAUAUGCGUGGUUACAUUCAAACGAUGGCACAGCUCCUGCCGUCUCACCCCCCAUGAUUGAUGGGGCUUUAUUUGAUUGGGAGGGUAUGGAUUUGCCAUUAUGGGAUAGUUUCCCAUUUCUCGCCGAAUCGACUACAAUAUGA